GUUUUACACCGGGAGCCAAAGAUGCGAGUUCACACUGCGACUGGUGCGUCAGUGAGCGGAUCCAGGAGCAGACGGGCUGGGUCCACUCCUCCAUGUGACAUGAGCCGUGCGGCUGCAGCUCACACUCUGACCGCUGGCCUGAAACCAGCAUGAUCCUAUCAGUUCAAACUCCAGUAUCUCCAGUGGGCAGACAGUGAGGACCAGUAGCCAACAUGCAAUGUGUGUAAGGGACCAGUGGUGGUGUUGUGGGCCCAGGCGGGAUGCUGCUGACGGCCAGUCAGUAUGACCUUGCUGGACUUGUGGCUGUCGCGCUCCAUCCCCAUGUGCCUGCUCCUUCAGAGCCUUGUCCUCAUGGCCCUGUGCUUCCCCUCGGCCAGCAUGUGCCCAAAGGGCUGCAUCUGCCAACGCGACCCCCACCUCCAUGGCCUCAACGUUACCUGCAGUCAGUCUCGCCUCAAAGAGAUCCCCCCCAGCCUCCCGGUUGAUACAGUCCUGCUGAGGCUGGACCACAACCAAAUUGGAGCCGUGCCUGAUCAAACCUUCCAUGGACUAAGGCUUUUGAGGGAGCUCAAUCUUUCAUACAACGCAGUGGAGACUUUGGGCGAAGCAGCCUUCAGUGGCAUAGAGGCGACCUUACAGGUGCUGGACCUCUCCCACAACCGUAUCACUAGCGUACACAAGGAUGCCUUUGCUCGGCUCAAGGCCCGCGUCAUUGUGGACGAUAACCCCUGGCAUUGUGACUGCGCCCUCCAGCAGGCCAUCAGUGGAAUGGCCCACAACCACGAGGCUGCGGCUAGGGUUCUUUGCAGGAGCUCAGAACUUCUUGACCAGGAGGGAAGACCUUUCAUGGCAGUGGAUACUGACCUCUGUAACCUGGCGAAAAGGACCACAGACUAUGCUAUGCUGGUGACCAUGUUUGGUUGGUUUGCCAUGGUCAUUUCAUAUGUGGUGUAUUAUGUUCGACAGAACCAGGAGGACGCCCGACGCCACCUGGAGUACCUAAAGUCUCUUCCUAGCAAACCCAAGAAACCUGACGAGGCUGACGACAUUAGCACUGUUGUUUGAUUGCUGUCACACACCUAAUGACCACCAAAAUGUUUAUGUGACAGGACCCCCUUUUAAAGUGUGUUUACUAUUUGUAAUACUAGUGAUGUGAGCAUCAAAUUGCUGAUAAAUCUUUGUAUUUUGGAAAUAUUGUUGUAUGUCCCUAACCAGGGUUUGCUCAUGACGGAUUUGAGAUGCGAUGAGAAGGGAGGCCACAGACUAACACUCUAAUACCAACAUUAUCUUUUCUACAUAAAUUAAUUAUGGAGUUUUGAAUAUUUGAAUCUCAGGUUUAAAUAUUGAUAUGAAAAUGGCUCUUUUUAAAUGAAAUUUGGAGUAUAUGAUAAAUAAGAAAUAUAUUUUUAAGAUAAAAAAAUCCUAUUGUCUAUUUCCCAGAGCCCUGGUUUUGGUGUCUCAGUCCACAGUAAGAUAUAUUUUGAGUUUUUUUAAACACUUGUUAAACCAAGUGCAUCUUCAAUUCCCAGAGAAAUCAAACAUAAAUUACAAUAUUUAUGAAUUGUAGUUAUUACAAAUUUUUUCAGAACUUGAAGCCCUAUAUUUUAAGGGAGACUAAUGUCUUUACAUUGUGUCUAUCAAAGCUUUGAAUAUGAGGUGUGUUAACAUCCUUUUGAUUUAGAGAAAUCAAACUUAACUCACUAAGUGGUUACAGAGAUUUCGGUGGAAGCCACAUUUUGGCAAAUAAAGGAAACAAAUAAGAAAUAAAGAAAUUCUGACUUAAAAUCAUUUGAUACAUAGUUAAACUUUUUACUCUGUGGUGGAAACUUAUGGACUAUUUAAAAAGAGUUUCACAACCAUCCCAACUUUAAAACAAUCAAUUAUUAUAUUUUGAAAUGGUAUUUGGACCAUGGUGGUGCCAGUGGACCAAGGGCCAGUUUUGACUGCGUACCAUAGAGGUUAGAUGGAACAAACCAGACCAGGGAAAGUGUAGAACAUUCAACUUUAGAAUCACAAGAAACACGAAAUAGGUACAGAUCCAUAGUGUAUAAUUCAUUGUGUUUAUUGAUAUAUUUAGAUAGCAUCAUUUUAAACAUGAAAGGUUUUGAAUGGAAUUAUUUAGUAUGUAAUCAUGGAGGAAAAAUGUUAUUGGAAUUAUCAAAUCAUAAUAUCAAAGGUUUUGCAUUCAAAUGUGAAUUUCCGUCAUAAUGACAAACUGCCCUUUUAUGUCAUGGUGACAUCAAGAAAAUUACCAUACCAUAAGACAACAUGUCAGAUAGUGAGUCCUUGUAAUUGACACCCGUAUUAUCACCCACAAGAACAGCAAUUUGCUUAAGACUAUAAAUACCCUUAAACUUUAGAAAGUUGAUCUUGGCAAACAGCAUCUAACAAAUGUGACAUUUACAAGUCAGAAGUAUUUUUAAUGGAAAAUAAUUAUGUACAUUAUGCCCAAGAAAAGUUCAGAUGUGUAUUUAAAUUUGUUCUGAAUGUGAAUUUUUACUGAAACUUUUGUAUUUGCUGGUUAAUUGAGCUUAAGCUGAUGGAGACUCUGAAUGUUAAGAUACAGAAUCAAUAGCAUUUUAAUUUGUUCCAAAAAACUGUUCCUUGACGAAAUAGUAAGAAAAAUAUUAUAAUAGUGAAAAUAGUGUAACAAAAAUUAAUAACAAUAACUCAAGGCCAAAUUACAAACUUUUCAAAGCUUUUGACCGCAUCCUACAGUCUGUAUCAGUGGUUGUCAAGUUGUCAUCACAUGAGUGUUUCUAAGUUUGAAAGGGAGACAAAAUUGGACAUAUACCGUUACUACUCAGAAAGGAUUGGAUAAUAAGACACCCACGCCAACUGAAAACCAGGAGGAACUUUGCUAAAUCAAUAGGCACAACAGAUGCAUUCUAAUGAGACUCUUACAUGGCUCAGCUCUCUGAACCAGCAUUUAGCACCUUAAGAUCUCUGCUGCUCCUGAAAGACACAACUGCCUAGACCUGGCAUCCUGUGCAGCAGCUCUGUGGAAUGUCACAUUGGUGAAGGACCCUCGACACGAGUCCAAAUGAAUGCUGACAUCAUCAUUAAACACGUUUUAGUGUACACUUAAUUCAAAAUGGUCUCAGCAUUGACUGGGAAUGGGUCAACGUCAUCAUCCAAUUACCAGUCGAUGGCUGGAGAAGUAUCAAGGAGCCUAUUUGCAUCCAACAUGAGAGAACAUAUUUGAACAUUCCUAGUGGCCUAGAAAUCCCAUUCAAAUUAGUUGAUUCUGCACCUCACACUUUAUCUAAUGCCAGUGUUCAGGGCCAGUACAGAUAGUAGUAUACCCUUUAUGAUGACAUUCCAUGACAAUAGAGCAAACACAAUCUGCAGAUUAAGACUGAGAUGCUACUGAAUUCUCUGAAAUAGGCUUGUCCCACACAAAUGUUGUCUGUCCUGAAGGAGCCUGUAGUCUGAAAGGUUCUGUUCUGACCACGACAUGAGUUUUCUGAGAUAACACAUCAGUUUCCAAUCCUGUUUGAUUUCACUAUAGCCAAGAUCAAGAUGUGGUUCUUGUUGUGCACCUUGGAGACAAGUAUCAAACGGGAGGAGAGAUACAAGGAUAUAAGGGUUCAAUGAAAAGGCAAAUAGGCAAUCAAAAAAAAAAAAAAAACCUGUUUCGACGAGGGGCCAUCGUUUGCACACAAGUGUUAAAGACGAGGGGUAAACUCUGGUCCUUGUCUAGCUCGAUCACUCGUGUCCGCUUGUCAGCUAUUUUGUCUACUUUCACAGAUCUUUUAAGCUAUAGUAAUCUUAUAAUCAGCACAUCUUGUCUGAGAUCAGAUGUUUGUUUGUGGAACCGUGCAGCUUCAUGAACACAGUCAGGGACAAGAAACCCUUUGUGGCUGGAGCAGCACAGCCACGGUGAGACUUCCAAAGGCUCGUAGUGUGCACUUGCCCAAAGUAGGCCUUGAGUUGAGAUUAUUUUGUCAAAAAAACAAAGAGUGUCUUAUAUGGUGUAUGUAAGGGUUUUGGUAAUGGUGAAACAAUACCUUUUAGAGAGGCUGUGUUGUACUCAACAUUUCCUCCUACAGUUUGUGAAGUCUAUGUUGUUGUCAGUGUCUAUUGUUACAUGUAUGUCUGCACUGAUCAGAAGAAAGCACUAAAUGUAAGAUUCCCUGGACUCUUCUUGUUGGUGUUUUGUGUUUGAGUCGGUCCUUGAGAGUCACAGCCGGACAUUGUUACCGUUUGCUCUCCCAUGACACCAUUUUUUCUUACCAGACAGAUUUGUCAAAUAUGGAGAUUGCAGACCACACUAUGCAAUGAUCUCAGUCAUCACAUUCCUAUUGCAAGUCAAGCUACCAAUUCGUGCAUCAUUUUCCCUUUAAUAACACUGUGGAUAGUGAUGUUCUCGGCAGCGCAGAAAGAGAAAACUCAUUACUGUCCCUGAAGCGCACUAAAGCAUAUACCGUAGGAUCAGGGAAAGACAAUAAAAGUCACGUGGAAAAGUGUAAAAGUACAAGAGAUUCGAUUUUCACCAAAAACUACUUUUAAAUAGUAUAGUAUACAUGACUACUACCCACUUUCAAUAAUAACCUAAAGAAAUCCUGCAUGACAUGUUGGAUAAUGGGUGUCAGUGGUAUCUUGUGAAAUUUCUUUUCAGUUAAUGUUUUAAUUGUUUGUCACAUUUGUGUACAGUAAUGGUUGUUAAAAUGCCGUCUUAGGGGGUAUACAAUGAGAAUAUGUGGUAAGAGAACGCUAGGAUCACAUGUAAAUAGGAACGUUCAUGUUGUGUAAAAUACUUGAAAUCCCUUUAAUUAGUUGUUCUUGAAUGUGCUACACCCCUUAGCGUGGUCUUGUAGAGGCAACUCCAUACUCUUCAAGACAAGAUCCGAAUAGUCUAUAAAAUGCAUGUACAAUGUCAUGAAGCACAGUGUAGCCAAGGAUCCGAAAGUAUUUCUAAGUGCCUGAAUACUUAUCUUACCAUUUAAUUUUUUUAUUUUGAUAUUUUAUUAUUUUUCCACCUCUGGUUUUUGUUCCCAACACUCUUACUUAAGGAUUCUCACUGUUUCAUGUAUCUUUUAAUUUUGGUUUAUUUAGCAAGUUAUAAAAAAAGAAACUAUCACCUGUGUUGAUGCAACAUGUUUUAAUUGAAUUCUGAUGUACCAUAUUGCAGUUUUCUGUGCACAGACAGAGCGGUGCGUACGAUAGCCUAAUUCACAGUUGACCCUGACUGUAAUGGAUCUGUUGUAAUGACAUGGCAUAUAGAAGAUGAAAUAAAGACAUUGGUUCGUGGUA